GGGAGAUGUGUCAACGAUGCUGUGGGUAAGGAAUAAAACACCACAGCCACUUACUGAAAUUGCAAGCAGAUGUACCUCUUGCCCCCAAAAAGUGGGAAAUGACACAAGAACCAAUAUAUAUUAUAAACACCCUACUCUUUCUCUCUCUUUCUUUCCAUAUCUCUCUCUCUCUCUGAGACACAUACAUAUACAACAAGUUCUUGGUGAUGCAUACUUUAUAGUUUCAGAAUAAUUAUGGCAGAAAAGGUAGAGGAAACUCCUUCUGAAAGUUCUGAAUGUUCUCAAACUCGGAGCACACCAAUGGCUACUCCUUUAAGAAAGGUGUUUGACAGAAUUUCUGGUUUUGCUACCUCUUGGAGAAGGAACACAGCUCCCCACGGCAGGAGAAUUUUUCAUAGGGAUGUUGAACGUGAAGAGUUCCAGUAUGCAAAUACUUAUUGCCUAUCUUCAUACUACAGCGUUUUUGUAGCUCGGCUCGCCAUCAUGGUCAUGCUAGCAAUUUUAAUUGGGCUGCUAACCAUUCUGACAUGGCAUUUUACAAGGAUCUAUACUGCUAAAUCCCUUAACAGCUUGGCAUAUGACCUUCGAUACGAACUUCUUCAACGUCCCAUUUUAAGGAUGUGGAACAUCUUGAAUUCAACUUCUGAAAUAACAACAGCUCAGGUUAAGCUUUCGGAGUAUGUUAUCAGAAGGUACAACAAGCCCACAACUCAAGCAGAACAAGUUGAGCAGCUUUAUCAAUCAAUGAAAGAUGUAACAUGGGCACUCUUUGCUAGUCGGAAAGCUCUCAAUGCAAUUACUAUCAAUUACAGAAAUGGUUUUGUCCAGGCAUUUCAUAGAGAUCACAGGAGUAACAAUACAUUCUAUAUUUACUCUGAUAUUGUGAACUAUUCAAUCAGUGCCACUGGGAGUUAUGAUACUAAUCUACUGUCAUCACAACAAGGGUGGAAUGACCAGAACAUACAUGGCAACAUCUCUGCAAUUUGGUAUCGUGAACCGCUAGAUCCGAUCAGCGGUGAGAAAAUAGGAAAAGCAACUAAAAUCCCACCGGACGAUCUAAUAAACAUUGCAGGCCUUUCAGAAGUACCAGAUGGGGUAGCUACAUGGCAUGUGGCGGUGAGCAAAUCCAUGGAUUCACCUUUGCUUUCGGCUGCACUGCCGGUUAUGGAUGCUUCCAAUAAAAGUAUAGUAGCUGUAGUGGGUGUCACAACAGCGCUAUAUAGUGUAGGCCAGCUGAUGAAAGAACUUGUGGAGUUUCAUAGUGGGCAUAUCUAUUUGACCUCUCGUGCAGGUUACUUGCUUGCUACUUCCACAAAUGCUCCUCUCUUAAUAAAUACAUCAAAAGGACCUGAGCUUAUGAUGGCUAAUAAUUCUGAGGAUCGUAUAAUAAGGAUGGGAGCUGAGUGGUUGCAGAAAACCUAUGGCAAUAAUUUUCCUCCUAUUCAUGAGGUUCAUGUUGAGAAGGCCAAGCUAGGUCACCAGCAAUACUACAUCGACUCGUUUUUUCUAGAUUUAAAGAGGCUUCCUCUGGUGGGUGUGAUCAUCAUUCCAAGAAAAUAUAUAAUGGGGAAGGUAGAUGAGAGAGCCUUCAAAACAUUGAUCAUACUGAUAUCUGCAUCCUUAUGUAUCUUAGUGAUCGGAUGUAUUUGCAUUUUCAUUCUGACAAAUGGAGUAUCGAAGGAAAUGAAACUAAGAGCAGAGCUCAUAAGUCAUCUUGAUGCAAGAAGAAGGGCAGAGGCAUCUAGCAACUACAAAAGCCAAUUUCUGGCAAAUAUGAGUCAUGAAUUAAGGACACCGAUGGCUGCAGUCAUAGGGUUGCUGGACAUUCUUAUAUGUGAUGACUGCCUCACAAAUGAACAGUAUGCUACAGUCACCCAGAUUAGAAAAUGCUCAACAGCUCUACUUCGACUCCUCAACAACAUAUUGGAUCUGAGCAAGGUUGAAUCUGGAAAGCUGGUGUUAGAAGAAACUGAAUUUGACUUGGGAAGAGAGCUUGAGGGGCUUGUUGAUAUGUUCUCUGUGCAGUGCAUCAACCACAAUGUGGAGACUGUCUUAGAUCUCUCAGAUGAUAUGCCAAAAUUAGUCCGAGGAGACUCUGCAAGAGUUGUUCAAGUAUUUGCAAAUCUAAUCAGCAAUUCGAUCAAGUUCACAACAUCUGGUCAUAUUAUAAUUAGAGGAUGGUCUCAGAACAUGAACACAUUUAGCAAUACUGAGAAGUUCACUCUUGAUCAAAAGAAAUCAUGGUGUGCACAUAAGAUGAAGUUGAGACAUCAAGGAAACCAUACACAGAAGACCCCUAAGAAAGAUAACAAAAUGAUUCUUUGGUUUGAAGUUGAUGAUACAGGCUGUGGGAUUGAUCCAAGCAAAUGGGAGUCAGUAUUCGAAAGCUUUGAGCAAGCAGAUCCCUCAACAACUAGAACGCAUGGUGGGACUGGUCUUGGACUCUGUAUUGUGCGAACUCUGGUUCAUAAGAUGGGUGGAGAAAUCAAGGUUGUAAAGAAGACUGGACCGGGAACUCUUAUGCAACUAUAUAUGGUUCUAAAUACGCCAGUCGGUAGCACAGAACAUCAUUGCCAAGUAGAUUUUGCAAAGCAUGGUGUAGUGGUGCUGCUUGCACUGCAUGGCAACAUGGGAAGAUUGAUUAUGUCACAGUGGUUGCGGAAAAAUGGUGUCCUCACUUUGCAAGCAUCUGAAUGGAAUGAACUGACACAAAUUCUUCGCCAACUAUUUCAAGCCAGAAACUCAGCCCCAAACAAAGGCUUUGACUUGCAGUAUGUAAGUGAACCUUUGAGAACUGAGUUACAAAACAUAAAUGAAAUGAGGAACCCAUCUUUUGUCAUGGUUGUGGACGUCGGACUACUUGACUUGAGCACUGAUAUAUGGAAGGAACAGCUAAACUUCCUUGACAAAUACUCUGGGAAGGCAAAGUUUGCUUGGAUGCUAAACCAUGAUACCUCCAAUGCUGUAAAAAUGGAGCUCCGCAGAAAAGGCCAUGCAUUGAUGGUUAAUAAACCGCUAUACAAGGCAAAGAUGAUCCAUAUUCUGGAGGCUGUCAUAAAAGAGAGAAAUCUCGAACUGCAGAGGAGAAGUUUGAAUGCGAGAAGUACAGCAAAAGAAGGUGAUUUGCAUGAAUGCCUUGAAAUCGAUUCCUCUCAGUUUGACACUGCCAGCUCUGAUGAUUCUGAUAUGGCUGAAAUUAGUAGCUCUAAAUCAACAAGUGCAUCUCCACAUGGAGAAAAACAAAGUGAAAGUUUGGCAAAUCCUUGUUCUUCCAAAUACCGGACAGUGAACAACUGCUUAGUUGAAUUGGUUCAACAAUUUCCAAAAGAAAAUAAGUUGAGGGAAAAGGAUACACAAGAGAUUGUGCCUAACAUACAUAACACGGAAGAUAAGGAAUCUGAGCUGCACUAUACCAGAGAAAUAUCCAUUUCGACAGAACCAGAAUCCAAAAAUCCCGGAUAUGAAGAACAACAUACGAGCAGCUGUUCUAAAGAGCAAGGAAGAUUAUAUUCAAGUAAAGCUGUGAAUGCACAGAAAUCUCUCGAGGGCCUACGGAUACUCCUCGCAGAAGAUACGCCAGUCCUUCAGAGAGUUGCAACCAUAAUGCUGGAGAAAAUGGGGGCUACAGUAACCGCUGUUGGUGAUGGAUUGCAAGCAGUAGACGCUCUGAAUUGCCUGUUUAACUCAGAAGAGAGCCGAGAAGAGUUGUAUGAGAAAGAUGCAUAUUCCAGUUCACAGAAAGAAAAUUGGGACCGACCUUCAUUUGACUUGAUCCUGAUGGAUUGUCAGAUGCCAAAAAUGGAUGGUUAUGAGGCAACAAAAGCAAUAAGGAAAUCAGAAGAAGGAAGCGGUUUACACAUUCCCAUUGUGGCGUUAACAGCUCAUGCAAUGUCAUCGGACGAAGCCAAAUGCUUGGAGGUGGGCAUGGAUGCUUAUCUAACAAAGCCGAUUGAUUACAAGCUCAUGGUCUCCACCAUUCUUUCACUCACUAAAACAACACAGCAACAACAACAACAACAACCAACAGCCUAACUCUUGACGUUUUGCAAAAUUAAGGCUACUAAAUAAAAUAAUUGCCUUAAGCGGCCAUCAGACCUAAUAUUUAUACGAAUAAUUAUAUUAUCUUAUAUAUAUUAUAUAGUAAUCCUAGUUUUUGGAGAGUGCAACUUUUUUGUUUUUUACCUUUUUUUUUUUUUUUUAAAUACGGAGAGUACAACUUAAUGUGUACAUUUUCGUAUCCAAUUUUCCUGUAAAUUUUGUAAAUCAAAGGUUGACAUGCCCCACUAAAUAAAAGCAGAAUCAGAAUAUCUACUUGCUCCUAAA